CCCGGAUAUAUCAUCAAUCAAGUGGAGCCAGAACAUCAUAGGUGUUUAAUACUCUAGACCGAACCUUUCUUUCCUCCUCACUAGAUCACCUCAAUACAUACACCUACCUACCUUCCACCUCAAACCCAACCAAAGACACAAUCAAACGAAGAAAUAAAAACCAACCAAAAUGUCCAAAACAUUCACCCCCGCAGACGUCUCCUCGCACAACAGCCCCGACAAAGGCCUCUACAUCAUCAUCGACGCCAACGUCUACGACGUGACCAACUUCGUGGAUGAGCAUCCUGGCGGCGCUAAGAUCCUGAAGCGCGUUGCCGGCAAGGAUGCGUCGAAGCAGUUCUGGAAGUACCACAACGAGUCCGUGCUGAAGAAGUACUCGCCCAAGCUCAAGAUCGGCGAGGUCAAGGAUGCUGCGAAGCUGUGAGGGAUAUCAAUGAUAACCUGUUAUUACAUUAUUACAACUCGCUUUGGGAGAUACCUAUUUUCGAAAGGAAACGAAAGAAAGAUCUGAGAUAAACCACUUGAACGGAGGGAAAUACAAGACGAUGUGAAAGAUGUGACAUAUAGAGAAUGCGCAUAGUGACUAUGGUUUCAGAACCGAUGUCGUUGUGUUUUGACUAGAAGCAUUGUAUUGUCUUUUUUGGAUCGCUAGAUGAAUCUGUAUGCUACUAAAGUUAUUCCUUAUCCUAUCCGAG